CUCUUUAAUUUCUGUUUGAUUUAAAGUGAAUUUAUUUGGCUUAUUGAGACUGUUUAUCUUUUCUUUUCUGCUAAUUGAAUAAUUGAAUUAUAUUCUAUUCUCAUCAAUAAAUUAAUGAUCAAUUGGAUAAUUAUUUCUAUUACAUGGGGUCAAGAUGUUUUCCCUGCGGAAAUGGUUCGCUGCUAAAAUGUUUGCUCAACAAGCUGUUCUAAACAGUGAUAAUAACAAUCAACGUAAUGGUAACUUUAGACGACUAUUUGGUAACCAUUUUAAUCAGGCCAAUGGAAACAAUCAAUCUUUUCUUCCACCACAAGAUACCUUAUUACGAUUUUAUUUUGCUGAUGAAGAAUUAAAUCUGGUUGCCUCGGAAUUGGACUCUUUUGAUGGUCGUAGAGAUCCUGUUCGAUGUACCAAUCUAGUUAAUCGAUUGAGAUCAUCUCAAGAUAAAGUGAUAACCAUAUUAUUCCGUCUAAUGGAUGAAUGGAAUUGUGAAAGAGCAUCCAGAGAUUAUCGUAUGAAAUUUCCAGAUGAUUUAUUAGCUGGUAACGAGAAUGGUGAAUCAUUAAAUGGUCAAAUAUGGUUCGGUGCUGAGUGUUUGGCUGCUGGUUCCAAUAUAAUGAAUCACGAACCUGAAUCAGACGCUUUAAGGCCAAUCGCUAAAAUGUUAACAGUUAAAAUUGACCAACUUCGAUUAGAGCUUAGGCAUUGCUGUUCAGAUAUCGAUGACAAUUUUAUGAUACACAAGGAUCGCAUUGGUUUGGAUUUAAUGUUUAAAUUGCAACAAUUAGACAGGAUAUUCGCCAAUUUUGAAUAUGAAUAUGUAAAGGCCAUGAUACCGAUAAAAACCGUUAAGGAAAUUGAACAACAACAAGAUCUAAUGGUGCUGUUUAGUGAAAGUGUACAAAUUGCUCUUAAAAGAGGAUUGAUAUCUCAAGAUGAAUUCGAUGAAUGUGAACCAACUGUGAUUAUCAACAUACCCCGACUGGCCAUAAUUCAUGGUCUAUUACGUUGUGGUCAGGAGAGUCCGAUUCUUAAGAGAGACAAAAUUCAAUUAUCUCCCGUUUUUAAGCCUUUUCACUCGAGACUUUAUCGGAUUCAUUCACUUCUUCAAUCGCUGCGACCUGUUGAGAUUGAAUUACUUGAGAAACUUUUGAUUAACAAAGAUAGUGAAAUAUCUGCUAUGGAAUCACUUGCCUGGUUCAAAGGAUUGGAAUUGAUUGGUGAUCAUCAUCUAUCCCAACGGCGCUAUUCUGAUCCUGGAAUUGUUGAUCAAGCAUCAGGCUGGGUAGCGGGUGAUGAAGAUGAUGAUGAUGAUGAUUAUCAAGGUAACGGUGGUGAUAACAGUAAUUAUAUAAAUAACGUCAGUUGUAGCAGUAGUAAAAACCAUUCUGGUAAUAGGCCACCAUUGAAAAAAUGUUUUUCCUCGAUAUCAUUAAUGUAUGUUCUCACUAAACCCGAUUCGAAAGAAUGUGAAAACUAUUCUACAAAUGAACGACCUUUCUGUGACGAUAAUGAUAGCCUUGCAUCGAAUGCUACAACAACAACUAACUCAACUGUCGACUCAUUUGAGAUUGCAUUGGCUAUCGGUGCCAAACAUUCCAAAUACGUUUCUCCAGGUUCGAAAGAACUUCUUCAUAAUCUUUUUGUAUCUAUCGCCGGUAUUGCUGAUCAAUUGCAGACAAAUUAUGCCAGUGAACUACGAACUAUCCUUCAAAAUGUAUAUAAUCUUCACUGUUCCAAUUCAGAUGACAAUGAUGAGGAUUCAGGUAGCGUUGAGGAAGCUUUGGAAGCUCAAGAAGACUCAGAAGAUAUAACGUCCGCUUCAUCAUCAAACGCAACCUCACCCUCAGAGGCAGCCAGUAUAAGCUUCCCAGGAAGCUUAAUUGUUAAUAAUAAUAGUAAUCCAACCAAUGACUUUGUUAUAAAUGGUGAUGGUGGUGGAAGUGCAAGUCACUCUACUUCUAAUGUUAAUACUAAUCAACAACAACAACAAAAUCAUCAUCACCAUCACCAUCAUCAUAAUAACCAUAAUUCAUCAUCAACCUCAACCGAAUCAACAACAAAUAAUGCAAGUCAACAGUCUACACAAGUUUUGAUUCCACCCAUAUGGGUACCCGAUGAAAUGGUCUCCGAAUGUACUUCAUGUUGCUCCCAAUUUACUUUAAUACGUCGUCGGCACCAUUGUCGCAACUGUGGUGGUAUAUACUGUAAUAACUGCUGUAGUAAUUUUGUCCCAUUAGUUCACUAUGGUUUCGAUAAACCAGUUCGAGUCUGUAAUAUUUGUUUCGUCUCCUUGCAAUAAUACAUAAUAACCUUUUCCACUGUCCACCCUCUCUAUCAACUGCUGCCUUGUAUCAUACAAAACCACCACCAACAACAAAACAACAACAACUAAUCAUCAAGAAUGAUAAUCAUUAUCUGUUCUAUACGAUUAACAAGCCAAGGAUAAACCCGAUUAAGAUGGAGAACCAGAAUAAUCAGAAAAAAAAACACCAAGAAAGAAAAACGAUUCUGAUCUUAGUCCAUUCUCUCUCCACCUUGGAAACAAAAUGAAAAUCCUUGUCCUCCUCUGUCAAUCCUCCUCAUGGAUAAAAAAAAAAUAAUUAAUUUUCCAAUCACUUGUUGUAAAAUUGUUGAUUGUUGAUUAUACAUAUUGAAAAUACUGUUGUUAACAAUUGAACAGCAACAAAAUUUGAUUAAUCAACUUUCAUCCUAAAUUGUGAAACAAUCCUUAUCCUAAACAACAACAACAACAAAGUCCAGUUAAUCAAUCACUCUGAUUAUGAUGAAAACUCAAACUAACUAACCAGUUUAUCAUUGUAAUGACAAUUAUGUUUUCACCAGAUAUAUAUAUAUAUAAAAAUUAAGAUACAAUCAAAA